UCGAGGCCGCCGAGGCAGCAGACGACUUUCGCUAAACGCGACUGGCCGACGGGCCACUGUGCUACGCGGUCAAUCCGCUCAAUAUAUCUAGGUCUGGGACAGGAGAACGCAUUCGUCUGCCGGACAGCGCGGACAACUCGAGAUCGGCGCUUCCUUUUUCCUUCCUGACCGGCGGACAACGACUGCAGUCGACGGUGGUUUCUGCGAUGGGCGCCGGCCGGAGCACGCACUCCGACGGCUCUCCGGCGCACAGCCCGACACGACUGCUAGACGGACUCGGCGAAACGCGUCGCAUCGACGACCGCGGUUUCCACGGCGCCCUGCUGUCCCCGAACCGCGAGUGUCCUCCCAUCUCGUCGCCCCCACCGCGACUCGACGUCGACGAUCGGCUGCCCUCUCCUCCGCCGGCGUCAUCUCGAGUGCCCAUCGUGACCCGGAUGAGCUCUUCGUCCGGCGAGCGCCGCCACUCGAUGCGAGCCGACAGCCCGAUGCCUAAACUGCAAGUGGAAGCCCGGAGACUCAGCGAUCCACGCGACGAGCAGGCGCGCGUCGGCCAUCAGCAGCAGAGCGACCUGGAGAGCCAGAUCAGGGAGAUCGAGCAAAUGACGGACGGCAUCCUCGAAGACAUCGAAGCCGAGAAUCUGGGCAGCUUCAGCACGGGCCACGAUGCGUCCGUGGCUACGACAACGAAGAGAGGACCACAUCAAGAUUCCAACGGCCCACUGGACUCUGGCAAGUCGGCCGCACCGCUGAGGGGUUCCUUCGAGCGCGGCCUUUUCAGCGACGCGACCAAGUUUUCGGGACUCGGCAGGCCACAACUGCCACCGACACGGUCACUGGAGCGUGGAGGUCGCAGGGCUUCCGUGCCGUGGGAAGCCGCCGUCGCCGGCUUUCGAAGCGGUGGUCAUCGCUACAAACCGCAUAGCCGCAGCACGGGAUGCGAGGUCAGGUCGCAGUCGCAGCCGGUCGCGGGCCUCGCAGCGGCUGGACGUCAUGGCACCCACACGAGGACGACGCUCAGAGCAGAGACGACGCACAGUCCUUUUCUUGGUCACGUGCCGGGAAACAAUGUUGCCACCAUGCAGUUACCGAGUAACGAACAAAGUUAUGACUUCAGUAAGUUCCAUCGGGCCAACCAGCGGGAGCAGGUCACCAGGCGGACGCUGUCAGCAUCGCCGCUGAUAAACAACGCAGUUCCAAAGCGACUGAAGACCUUCAAGACAGAGCAAACCCUACUCCACCAACUGAAGAAGGUAGUCCUGUUGAGUACGACAUAUCGGAAAAACUCAUCUUGGAAGACAUCGAAAAGGAAUAGUCGAUUACGUAGCACUUGCGAUGGUUUUAUAGAAAUACAUCUUGCUGGGGGCAUUCCUCCGUGCUUGUCAACAUGUGCUCUGGCGUUCUGUGACCUGCAUCACUAA